AUGCCCAAGAGAAAGGCUGAAGGGGAUGUUAAAGGAGAUAAAGCCAAGGUGAAGGAUAAGCCACAGAGAAGAUCUGCAAAGUUAUCUGCUAAACCUAUUCCUCCAAAUCCAGAGCCCAAACCUAAAAAGGCCCCUGUAAAGAAGGGAGAAAAGAUUCCCAGAGGAAAAGCUGAUACUGUCAAAUAUGGGAGUAACCCUGCAGAAAAUGGAGAUGCCAAAACAGACUAG